AGUAGGAGGAGGAAGAAGAAAAACGAAUGGACAGGAAUCUGGAUAAUUAUCCGUCAAAGCCAUUGAAGUCGUUUUCACCAAGGGUGCAUUGAAAUUCUAGACACAGAAAGUCUCCGAAAUUCAGUCCUUUUCCUUCCUUUUUCGAGGACGCGGAAUCGGCCAAAAUUAAAUGAAUAUUUAAUUAAAAGAAAACUAGAAAAUUUGGGCUCACAAGGUUUUGUUUGGGGAACUCAUUCCUCUAUUUCUCACUUUUUCUGUUUUUCUUUUUUUGUUCUCUUUCCUUUGAAGAUUCAAACGUCGACCAAAGCUAUACAAAGAACAACUGACGACGAAGAAAGUUUGAAGAGUAAGACUGUUUCAUAGUCUUUUUCUUUUGUUUUGCAAUUUUUGAGGAUUUUCAAGAUCUGUUUGGGGGAGGAAGAAGGGGAAUUUGUGUGGGUUGUCGGAAAAAUCGGAGUUUUGUUCGGUUUUGGUGGUUGAGAAAAUUUGGAAUUUGUUUGUUUGGAUAGAGAGAAAAUCGUUUGUGAUUUUCUUUUUUAUUUCGUUCGUUCUUUCAUUUUUUUUUUUUUGGGAUUGGAUUGGGAUGGCUUCGGCGGCGAUAUUUUCGUCUUUGCGGCGGCGGAGAUCGCCUUCUCUGGAGGCGUUUUUGGCUCCGGUUGACCUAACGGACGUCGCUCUUGUGCAAACCCUAGCGUCGUUGACCGCCGAGCUUGUCUCGUCGUUCUCCGACGUGUCGUUUUACUUUCAGAGGAAGAAUUCUCGGUCGCUGGUGAGGAAAAUGGAGGUUUUUCUCGUGCUGUUGGAGUAUUUGAGGGAUUCGGGUGUGAGUCUGCCAUGGACGGCCUUGCUCUGCUUGAAAGAACUUUACUUGCUUUUGUAUCGCUCCAAAAUACUGCUUGAUUAUUGCUCGCAAUCGAGCAAGUUGUGGCUUUUGCUUCAGAAUCAUUCGAUUUCGGGCCAUUUUCAUGAUUUGAACCAGGAGAUUUCAACGCUUUUGGAUGUUUUUCCGAUGGAGGAUGUCGAAUUGGGGGAGGAUAUUAGGGAGCAGACCGAGCUCUUGCGUAGGCAGUCGAGGAGGGCCAAAUUGUUUAUUGAUAAAGACGAUGAAGCGCUGAGGAUUCAGUUCUUUUCGUUCCUCGAUGAGUUUGAGAAUGGGAAGAUUCCGAGUUCGGAGGAUUUGCGGUUAUUUCUCUUGGAGAGAUUGCGGAUUCGGGACGCGAAGAAUUGCAGGAAUGAAAUUGAGUUCUUGGAGGAGCAGAUUGUUAAUCAUGAGGGGGAUGUUGAGCCUACUGUUGGGGUGCUUAAUGGGUUUGUGGCGCUUACAAGAUAUUGCAGGUUUUUGCUUUUCGGUUUUGAGGAGGAUGAAGUAGAAUUGGGGUGUGGGAGUCAGAAGAAGCCAAGGAAGGGGCUGAUUUCUCAAGAAAUUGCAGAUACCUUUAUAACGAUUCCGAAGGACUUUUGUUGCCCAAUAUCUUUGGAUUUGAUGCGAGACCCCGUGAUCAUCUCAACGGGGCAGACUUAUGAUCGGAGUUCGAUAUCCAGGUGGAUGGAAGAAGGGCACUGCACUUGCCCAAAGACGGGGCAGAUGCUCAUCAAUACCCGCCUUGUUCCGAAUCGAGCUUUGAGGAAUUUGAUCAUGCAGUGGUGCAAUGCUCAUGGGAUUCCAUACGACCCGCCAGAGUGCCCGGAUGCAUCUGCAGAAAGCUUUGCGGCGCCUUCCCCCACUAAGGCUGCUCUGGAAGCUAACAGAGCAACGGCAGCGCUUCUAAUUCAACAGCUAGCGCACGGAUCACAAGUUGCAAAGACUUUAGCUGCUCGUGAGAUACGUUUGUUGGCAAAAACAGGACGUGAAAACCGCGCGUUCAUUGCAGAAGCUGGAGCAAUUCCGUAUCUUCGAACAAUACUCUUGUCUCCUAACCCGGUUGCACAGGAGAAUUCUGUAACUGCAAUGCUCAACCUUUCGAUCUAUGACAAAAACAAAAGCCGGAUUAUGGAAGAAGAAGGGUGUUUAGAGUCGAUUGUGGAAGUUCUCAGGUUUGGGCACACGACAGAGGCUAGGGAAAAUGCUGCCGCAACCUUGUUUAGCCUCUCAGCGGUUCAUGAUUACAAGAAGAGAAUAGCAGACGAGCAAGGGGCGAUCGAAGCUUUGGCAGGUUUGCUGAGAGAGGGCACUCCAAGGGGAAAGAAGGAUGCUGUUACCGCUUUGUUUAAUCUGUCAACACACACAGAUAACUGUGUCAGAAUGAUAGAGGCAAGAGCUGUGACAGCACUCGUAAGCGCAUUGGGAAACGAAGGUGUUGCUGAGGAAGCGGCGGGCGCAUUGGCCUUGAUUGUUAGGCAGCCAAUUGGCGCUGAAGCCGUAGGGAAUGAGGAAAUGGCGGUUGCAGGCUUGAUCGGGAUGAUGCGUUGUGGAACACCAAAGGGAAAAGAAAAUGCAGUUGCAGCAUUGCUAGAGUUAUGCCGGAGUGGCGGGGCAGCCACAAAGGAGAAGGUUGUUAAGGCACCAGCACUGGCUGGGUUGCUUCAGACUUUGUUGUUUACUGGUACAAAGCGAGCGAGAAGGAAGGCGGCAUCACUUGCCAGAGAGUUCCAGAGGUGUGAGAACGCAAUCAUGCAUUUUGGUGGUCUUGGUGUAGGAUACGCUUUUGCGGGCAAUUCUGCUACAACGAGAGAUUCAGGUUUCGCUGGUGAUGUCUCAGUGCCAAUGUCAAUUUCAGUGCCUGUUUUAUAGUGGUAAACAUCCCCCCCUCAUGUUGUAUUCCAUAUAUGUCCCCAUUUUUGCUGGAAAUAUUUUUAAAAAUUCUUUCAUUGAUAUUCUAAGGUCAUAAAGGAAGUUAUAGGAAUACCAUAUAAUGUGCUGCUUUCAAGCAAUGUUCUGUAUUGUUGAGCAAUUAGCUUUAAUUAAUAUACGUGUACCAUUCCAACGAUUUGAAAUCCAGAAUGUGUUUAAAAAAUGUGUUAAAAACCAUGGCAGGUGCAUUGAGAAAGUGCAUUUUACCACUUGGCUUUGUUUCAUAAACGUAGGCUUCAAGUGAAGAGUUUUGUAAUAAGGGUAUUCGAUUAACUGAUUCAAUGAUAAUUUAGAUCCUUACUGUCACUUUGAUCCUU